GCAAUUUAAUUAAAAAGCAUAAAAAGUUAAUAAAGUUAAAUAAUAUAAAGGAUACGAGUAUAGGGGAAGACAUAAUUUUGCUGUUUGAUAAACACAAAAUCGUAGUAAGUGAAGCAAAUAGUUCUCUUCAUUGUUCUAAAGUAAUUUAUGAGUUAAGAUAUAAUAUUAAAGCAAAAAAGUGAAACUCACCCUGACAUUUCAGGUGAAAAAUUGUUUACUGAAUAGUAGCAUUUAGUAUAAUAAGAUGAAAAUGCCAAAAGUAACAACAUCAAAGAUUUGUAAGGUCAUGAAUAGAAAAAUGAAGCUGCUAUCAGCAGUAAUAAAAUUAAGGAUAACCUACCAAGCAAUAAUACUGAUAUGCUUGAUAAGAUUUUUGGAGUGAAAAAUUUAAAAAAUAGUUUAAUUUAAGGUUCUGUUGAAUAAUAAAGCUCGAAUAACAGUAGUAUAAUUGGAGAAGAAGGUUCUUAUGAAAAUAUUUUAUAAGAUUGUCUCCACUAACUUAAUGAGAUAGAUGUAAUUAAAAACGAUGAAAAAAACUAACAUAGAAUCAAUGAUAGUAACGAGAUGCAAGAUAAGGAAACGAAUACUAAUCUAAAUUUAACUGCUGAAGAAAAUGCUAACCCAAAAGUUAUUGACGCCACUGAAAAUGCUAUUAAUAUGCUUUUAAAAAGAGCAUAUGAUAAUGUAAAUUUAUCUGAAAGUAGUAUUUUGCAAGAAUAAUCAGAAUAGCAAGGAAUCAAAGAUGAAAAAAAUUAGAAACAAAUACUUUUUGACCAGUUUUAAAAUAAGAGCAAUGAUGCUCAAAAAGUCUAAAUUAAACGAGUACAAUCCUAAGAAAAUUUAGAAAACAAAUAAAAUUCUCAAUCACCAAGCAUAAAGUUAAUAAUUAAUGAUGCUUAGGAUUCUACUCCUUAAUCUCUGUAUUUAGAAACUAAAGAAAGCAUUGUUCAAGAUAAGGAUAAUAACUUUUUGUAAGGUAAUACUCCAGAAUCUCAAGAUGCCAACUGUUCAAAUUUUUUAUCUGUCAGUUAACAUAAUGGUGAUAAUUCUGCUCCUAAUGUAUCGCUUUUUGCCUAGAUGACUAAAUAGUAAAAUAAAAAAGAUAUGAAGAACUGGGCCUUUAACAAGAGUUUUGUAGGCAGAGGUUCAGGUAAUUUAACAACUACUGCUAUUGGAGCGAAUGGUAAUAAUUUGAGUUCUAUGUCUUCUUUUGUUUUGCAAAAGAAAGUAAGUAUGCAACAUUAAUAAGGGGGAUUAGGAGAUAGCAAAGAUUUUGACCAGCUAAAUGAUAGCACAAACAAUAGUAGAUCUAUUAUAGAAUAAUUAAGUGAAUCAGUACCAGCAAGCUCUUAGCCUAAAAAAACUCUUAGCUUAAUUGGGAGCAAUAAAAAAAACAUUAAAAUAACUAACACAACAAGCAAAGAAUUAAAAAAAUAUAAUUUUUAAGAUGACGAUAUCAUAAAAGUUGAUAUUUAAGCUUACUAAAAACUUGCAUAAAGUUUUAAUAUUAGUUAAAAUAUUACUAUUUCUACCAAAACAAUGCUUAGCUAUUAAUUAUAAACAAUCACAUAAAAAAACUUAGUCAAUCAUAAAACAGUAAAUCCUGACUCUCCUACAAAAAUUCAAAGUGAAGAAAAAAAAGUAUUUUAGUUAAAUUCAGCAAAUAACAGCUCAGAAGAUUAAUAGAAGGGAGUAAUUGCUGAAUAAAAUUAAGAAUAGACAGAAGUUAUUAACAAAAUUGAAUAAACUAUUACAAAGAAAAUAGUUAUCCCAGUGCUUUUAUCUGUAAAAACAGAAGAAUAAAUGAUAUCAUAUUAGUAUUUUGAUUAGCUUGAUACCCACCCUAGCUAAAAAGAUAUUCAUAGUCUUCAUUAAAUAGAUUAAAAAAGUGAACACUAAAUUAUGGAAAAUAUAGAAAGAUAAAGAAGUUUAUCAAUUGAAAAAUUGCAUGAAGUAGCUAAUCAUGAUGAAAUAAAUGAAAAUAAGUAAGAUCUAACACAUAAUCAUGAUUCAAGUGGAUAUCAAUCAGAUUAAGACCAAAGUAAUAAUCGUGAUAUAACAAAGAUAUUAGAUGGCUUGCUGACAGUUGAAAAGUAAUAAACAGAUGAAAAUACUCAUGAUAAGUAACCAAAAAUAGAAGAAAAAGACUAGAGUGAAGGAUAGCAAGAGGAAUUUGAAUAAAAUGAGACUCACUCGCUUAGAAAAAUUUCAUAAAAAAAAGUUUUAAUUAAAUCAAUAUAACGCAAAGUAAAAACAAAUAAAGAAAAAGUUCAAAAAGCCUUGAAUGAAGAAGACAAAGAAAACUAAACUAAAUCUUAAUAACAUAGAAUAUCGAGCAAUGUUAAAAAUAUUUCAGGUCAGUUUAGUCUUGGCUAAUUAUAGCCUAUGAGAUUUCCUAUUGAUUUAAUAUGUGUAAUUGAUACAAGUGGAUCUAUGAAUGGACAGCCACUGGACUUAUUGAAAGAAACUUUGCUUUUCUUAGUAGACCUUUUAUAAACUGGAGAUAGAAUCUGUUUAAUUUAAUUUUCUACAAAUGCCUAGCGUUUGACACCACUACUUUCUAUUGAAUCUAAAGAUAACAUAAAGAGCAUUAAAAAUGAAAUUAAUAGAUUGGUUGCCAAGGGUGGAACAAAUAUAUGUCAAGGUAUGUAACUUGCAUUUGAUGUACUUAAGUAAAGGAGAUACAAAAACCCAAUUACUAGUGUUUUUCUUUUAAGUGAUGGAUUAAAUGAUGGUGCUGAAAAUAAAAUUAGAGACUUAUUAAAGUAAUUAAAUUUUUAUUAAAAUUAUAAUGAAGAAAAUUUUACAAUUCAAACUUUUGGGUUUGGUAAGGAUCAUGAUCCAAAUUUAAUGGAUAAAAUUUCUUAAUUGAUGGACGGUAACUUUUAUUAUAUUGGUGACAUCCAUAGAAUUGAUGAGUGCUUUAUUGAUGCUCUAGGUGGUUUAUUUUCUGUAAUUAGCCAGAACGUUUCGAUAAAUGUAUAAGUACCUUAAGAAAUGAGAGAAUAGAUUAGGAUAGUUAAAACAUAUGGAGAUAUCUGGCACACAAAAGAGCCCUAUUAUGAAUACUCAAUAAAUAUAAAUCAAUUACUCAGCGGUGUCUCUAAAGACUACAUUUUGGAAAUGGAAUUAGAUUCUAAACUUAUUGAGGAUUUGUAAUGCAUUCAUGAAAUCCAUUCUGAAGAAGAAAUAUAAUCUUCAGAGAAUAUUGGAAGUAAUAAAAAUUUUGAUCUCAAUUUAAUUUCUUGCUAAGCUACUUCAGAAUAACUAAAAAAUUCAAAGUAAUCUAUGAAUAUAUUAGAAGCUUAGUUAAUUGCUUCAAAUAUGUCUCUUGGUUUAAAUAAUUUUUCUGCUUCUUAGCCAAGCCUUCCAAAGGAUUAGCUUAGUGCAAAGUAAUGCUAAAGCUAAUCUGAAAGUGAAUCCUUUUCUCCAGAUUUGAUGUAAAGAGAAAAAAAUUAGUUUGUUUAAAUUAGACAAGAAAAAGCUGAUAAUUAAUGUAAUAUUUCUUCUGGUGCCGAGUUCAUAUUUGAAAAAUAUGGUUCAUGUACAAACAACUUAGCUUAACAGGCAGGUUUGAAUUCAUAAUCAGAGCUAUCAUAAUAGUCUAUGAAUACCCUUACUAAUGGAGCAGAAGAAGCUUUUGCUUCAUCAUCACAUGUACAACUAGAUAAAAAGGAAUAAAGGAGUAUUCCUGAAAUGAAUAGCGAUUAAAUUAUUAAGAAAGAUGUACUCAACUUACAAAAUCAUAGGCAGAUAUAAGAAAAUUUAGUGAAAUUGCACUAUUUAAGAGUAAAGGGAGCAGAAGGUCUUGAAAAAUGUUAAGCAUUAGCUCUUUAGAAGAAAUUUGAUGAAGGUAACGAAUAUGUUAGUAAACUUUUAUAAGAAUUGAACGAACAACCAGAAGAAACAAAAAAACAUUUACAGAAGCUAAUUUUAGAUCUUACUGAAGCUUAAGAUACUCUUAGCAAAAAAGUAGGAGAGUAAAUAGGAUGGCAUCGUAUGAUUUCAUGUAAACGUAUGCAUAUGGAAUAGCGUUCUGCAGGAACAGAUUUAACAUACUAAAAUUCUGUAUAAAAAAUAAUGGUUUAGCGCAGAAAGAGCUUUAAAGAUUAGAAUUCUAUCUAAAGCCUUACAGAGACGAUAACUAAGCUUUAAAGUUCCGGAGCAGCAUUUAGCAGUUCUUAAAAAGAAAAGAAAGAUAAAGAUGAGUCGAAUAAUUUAAAUUCAACCUCUUCUGAUUCUUCAGAUAGUGACUCUGACCAAAGUGGAGAUGAAUAAAAACCAAAAUAAAUGAGUGACAAUGGUAUUUUGAGGAAAAAGAAGUCUUUUACUGUAAAUCCUUCUCAUUCUUACUAAUCUAAAGAUUAAUAAGAUUCAGAUAAUAAUAACUGUGAAGAAGAUAUUAAAAAUAAUAAAUAAUAAAUUGAAAAUUCAAAAACAAUACAAGAAAAUAGUAAUCUGAAAAUUUAGUAAGAUUGA